UGCAAUGCAGGUAUGGAAAUUAUAAGAAGAUAAGCUGCUGCAUUUGUCAUGCGCACUGAUCUGGACUGUCUCACCAUCCACCGAGACGUAGUUGGCAAGCAGUUCUCCGACAUGUACCAGCGCAGGCAUGCGGCACUGAUGUCGAAACACCAAAGCAACUUCGACUUGAAGGUUAAGAUGGGCCUUUCUUUCGAGUUGGCCACGCUGGCGUACACUGUCUUUCAGCCCUGGCAGGCUCUCAAUCUUGCAAUGAUUCACAGCGAGUGCCACUCGCUCUUAACGGCGAGCUUUGCUUUCGUGCCAUGUAAAAAAACUUUACGCUCAACUCGCAGCCUUGUGCACCCAGACGUCAGUAUCGCAAUUUUGGACGAUGCCCCUCGAAUUUUACUCUUCGAGGACGAGGAUACCUUGCAGAAAAAGGGUCCUGCUAAAACCAUCUACCGACCUGCGGCCAUCAUGGUGAUGCUCCUAUUCAACGUUCACCUAGGCGACUACCACUACCUGAACGCUUGCGGUAGUGCCGAUCCACUGAGGGCCGACCCAUUUUGGCGUGUUCGCGUGGUGAAGAGGACACUGAAUAUCACGUGACGCCGAGUCGAGGUGGCUAGAGUUGAAUUGAGAAAUAAAAACUUUCAGCGCUUGCCAGCGGUGGCAAUACGUUGGAGAUGUUUGUGAUUUCUUUACUAUUAUAAUUUAUUGUGCAUUUUAUAUGAUUCGUUGUUGCA